AUGCCGAUGCCGAAGGGAGUCAAGGACUCUUUGAAGCGUGAAUCUGAACCAAAGGUUCACCACGCUAACAACAUUCAAGCCUCCUCCGCUCCAAGGACACAGGACGAAGAAGUGGGUGAUGGGACUACUACAUCUGUUAUUCCUCUUGCUGGUGAAAUGCUACAUGUUGCCGAAGCAUUCAUUGAAAAGAGUUACCAUCCCACAGUCAUAUGCCGAGCUUAUAAUAAGGCUCUGGAGGAUGCCAUCGCUGUUCUUGACAAGAUUGCCAUGUCAAUCCAUGUUAAUGACCGUGCAACGGUUCUAGGAUUAGUCAAGGGCUGCAUAGGAACAAAAUUCACUAGCCAGUUUGGAGAUCUUAUUGCUGGAUAG